CAUUAUUGGAUGGUUAUAGAUAGAAUCGUUGGCUAUACCUUCUUCGGCACCCUAUUCGCUACGGCCUGUCUCCCUCCUCUUUCCGGUCAGCGUGGUCGCAUGCACCAUAGAGUGCUCUCGUCAGCGACCAAGUUCUCGUCUCCCUGUUCGACAUGAAACGGCACGGCGAUCUCCCCAGCGACGGGCCGCUUACGCAUAUUCGACCUCAAUCUAUUCCCACGAGCCCGCUUUGCAUAGAACUAGCGUAUCGAGCAUAUCGCCCGGAUCCAGUAAUCCAGUCACGCAGGCCGGAGUCCUGCCCUGCGACGGCAUCUUUAAUCUUCGGCUUAAGUACGCCCAACCGUGUCUCAUCGCACUGCAUGCAAGCCGCCAGCCAUUUAUACUUAUGGAGAUCUUCAUGUACCAUUAUCGAGGAAACAGUACAUUACGUGGCAGGUAUCCAUCUCAUGUCUGUCGGCAUCCGUCAGCUUCAUCUACUGCACGAUUGGAAUCGUCGCUGGAAUCCUUCAUCGCAUUCGGACCGGCAGGGGCUCAACAGGGCAGGUUCUCUGCCAAGUCCCAUUUCCUUGGAAAUGUACAUUCUGGCGACUAGAAGCGCAGCAUCUUUGUGAUGACUUGGAUUGGCAUUCUAAUAUCGCCGUCACCCUUUUCUCGUUCCAUUAGAGGCCGGAGUGCGGACUUGAGCGCCAGCAUUUCCGGCGUUAUGUUUUAGCAGAGCAGGACUUGAUUCAUCCUUGUUUCCUUUGUUCAACGAUUAUCCCGAUCCUCGAGAUCCGUUCUUGGUUCCC